CUCUUUUCACUUCAAACAACAGCAGAGAUCGCCCAACACUAUCUGUAAAAAUGAUGGUCGAUCACUCUCGAGUGAAAACAUAUGGCGUUCCGCAAAACCAUAUGGCUCACAUGGUAAUACCAGAACGUCAAAGAACGCCAGUGCCUUCAAGAUCGAUGGACUAUCAUCCCAUGUCAUCCGGUGCGAGUAUAUCUGGAUUUACUCGAACCAGCUCUGUAUCAUCAUCCAACUCUAGCAUCCCACAACGAUCCCUAAGUAUGUCUAGCAGGCAAUCAGAUAGCAACGCCAUCAUGCAUAUGGGAGCAGUUACACAUACCUUCGAUACCACUAUGUUUUCGAAAUCAAAGAAAGAAUACUGUGUGCUUACGCACGAUGAACUUCUCCGGUUCAAAUCGUCUCAAAAAGCCAAUCAGAUUUUCGACUUCACACUUAUGAAAAAGCGACCCAAUGUCAAGGUGUCCAAAAGCCACCACAUGCUAUCUAAAGAAGGCAUCAUUGGAGUACAUUAUGUUCCUCAGAGUAACACCACGUUUCGUAUCGAACAUGUCGACCCACUGACCAAGGUCAUCUCUUCCAUCUGUAUAUUCACUUCGUUGCAACAAGACGCUAUAGGUUGGGUGAAUGCACUCCGCCGCCUCGCUCAAGAUAACCUUUCCCACAUCAGUCCGGUCACUUCUGCUGAGCGAAGCAUGGCUAUUGAGCGCAUGCAAAAACAACGGGAUACCACCGAUCCAGUGGACGACAUCCUGGUCAAGCAAAUUGUACUGAAGCAUCAACGUCAAAAACCAACGUCAGAUAACCCUCAUGCAUCCAAGGAGAUUAUUGUGCCUGUUAUGUUUGCUAUCGGAAAAAGUAGUUUUUAUGUCCUGCCCCACGGUUUCGCCGAUGAUGAAUACAAAAAAGUCAUAUUCAGAGACAGACAUGGUUUAUUGACCAUCCAACAUAUAUCAUUUUCCGGUAGAGACGAUUCUUUUGAACUCACGGUUCGAAAUGUUGCCAAGGAUUCGCAAAAGCUUCUCUUUGUUUCUUGUCAUUGCGAAGAAAUCAUCCGGCAACUUCGUGUCUCUAUCAGCAAUCUAGUGCCUUUUUAUCCCAUCCCUCCCUAUACCUUGGAUGUCGUUGACGCUCUACAAUCUACUCGUGUUGAGCCUACCAUUGAUAUCAGCAAAUUAGGCGAUCGUGGUUUCGAUGCUCUUUUGGAGGGAUACUGCGCAGCUAUGAACCUCGACAAACGUCGUUUUGCAUUCACCAUUUCCAGUAUACCUGAUAUGCCUGGAGCACGUCAUAUUAAUGUACAUUCUCCUAACGAAAUCAACGAGUCUCCUGCGGUAUAUAGUAAAUACGAGCUUUUAGCUCUGUUCCGCGCCCUUCGACACAACGUUACUUUCCGCGAUAUCGACUUUUCGAAUGUGAACCUCCACCCCUUGGAGCAGUGGCCAGCUCGUAUCGAAGAUGGCUGGACAAAUUCUUUGGAAGGAGGAGCUGCUAUCGACAACGUUUUGUCCAGUGAAAUGUGGUCUUUGUUCAUGCACAACAAAAAACUACGCAAGAUUGACUUCACUAAUUGCGGUAUAGGCAAGUGUGGUGGCUCAAAAUCAGCUAUUCACGUUAUUGGCAAGACUAUGGAGAGUCGGCAAAUCGGAAUUAACGCCAUUCAUAUUGGCAAGAACCAAAUAACUGAUACCGAUAUUGAUGCCUUAUUGGCUGGUGUGAAGGCCAAUCGAAAGGCAUUGAAAGAAUUAUCGGUGGCCUACUGUGGACUUUCUCGCAACCAACUGGAACGUAUCGUAGAAUGCAUUCUUAGUGCUAUGCCGGCUCAUUUGAGACACCUCGAUUUGUCUCAUAAUUACACUUACUUCAGCGAAGAACUUCUGAGCAACUUGCUCAGACGAUGUGCUCACUUGAGCACUCUCAAAAUGAGAAAAUGCAAUGUCAUAACCGACUUCAAUACCUUGUCACAGCUACAUAUCCAAUCUUUGGAUGUCGGUCGCAUUGGCCUAUCCGACCAUCAAGUGGGCACCUUGUGCAGUUGGAUUCAGUCACCUUCUUUUGACAAGGUCAGACGCCUUGGCGUAGACAAUUGUGGGUUGAAAAGUCGCCAAAUCAGUGCUAUUUUCCAAGCGAUCGGCCAAUCCAACAAUCGAGAAGUUGAUCUUGUCGCUGGUGCCAAUCCUUACAUGUCUGAACCCAGCUCUCUAGGGUUGUUAUGGACCGCCCUGGCUGUCCCCAACGGUCCCGUAGCUCUGUCGCUGGCCAAUACCGAAUGGGAGGAUGCUGUGUUGCAUGAGCUGUUUACCAGUCUUACACACAACCGUACUAUCAAAACGCUGGAUCUUUCCGGUAUCAGCAUGACAACGGCCGUUUCCAAUGAAACCAUCCAUGCCCUGGCGGGACUGUUUGAACAAAAUCGUGUCAUCGAGGAUCUCGACCUAGGUGGCGGCGAGAACACACGUGGACUUGGACCAGCGCUGGCUGGUGCAUUCAUUGGUCUGACCACCAAUACCCGACUACGAUGCUUGCGACUCGGUAAUCUUCAAAUGGGUCCUGCAGGCGUCAUUGAGCUUCAAAAGUGCCUUAUCAACAACCGAACGAUACAAGAGCUUCACAUUGACCAAAACAACCUUAAUAUUGAGGCGUUCAUAGCCAUCCAAAAACUCGUCACCGGCAGUGGUUCCAUCAUUUUCCUACCUAGGCCAAACCUUGACUUAAGAAGAGAGCAAAAGCGACUGGAUGCGCUUGCUCAGGCCCUUAUUGAAAGUCAAAGUGAAUCUCAAUUCUUGCUAGUCUAUAGCACUGGUGCGGAUGCAAGAAAAGCCAAAUCGCAGUUUGAAGUUCAAACCACGGCAAGACAGGCAACAGAGCGGGAUCGUGCACAAAUUGGCAAGGUGGUGGAAGAUAUUAUGCGGGCUGUGGCCAACAACAAACAAAGGUGGAAUGCUCAACAAGCCACUAUCAAUCCUGCCUCCCCCAUUCAACUAUCGCCGGGUGGCUUGAGCCCUAUUCAAAUCCCUUCCUUGCGCGAGAGAGAUCGAGGUGAAAGCAGCAGCAAAAUUACCUCUUUUGCAGGGUCUCGAGCUUCCCAACUGUCCAACAUGACAGGCUCUGAUUUUUAUGACUCUCCCAACGCUCUUGCUCCCAUUACUCCACUCACACCCAAGCCCCUCACACAAAGCCCCCACGACUGGCGACUCAAGAAAGUCCUUGAACGAGAUGAUAUGGAGCCCUUAGCCCUGGGCCAAGCUUACCUUGAUGCCGUAGAUGCAUAUACAUCCAUCAUAGAUACCAAUUACAAGACAUAACACUUUUUUCAUCUGAU